GUUGUUUGUUUACAUUUUUUGACACGCGAAAGUUCGGCGAGUUGAGAAAAUCGUGAAAAUUCCUCAAAAAUUAGGAAAAUUUGUGGAAAAUUGUGAUUUUUCUCACAAGAAAAGCCACAAAAAUGGGCGGAGAGUCCAAGGCGGAGUACAUAAUACAGCAACUCAAUGUGGGGAAUGCAAAGAAAAUUGCCCUGCUGAUGGUGUUGGCUUUUAUCUUCUUUCACGGCUUGAUUCACGUUCGCUACGGCACAGAUUCGUGCAAGUGGUUGCUGUCACGGGGGCGGUUCAAGGGGGACAAGGAGUGGCAACCGUACGGUUGUAUGAUGCAUCGAUACUCCCAGCAAGACACCCGACGAUGUUUCCGCUACCUGGCCUUCUGGGGCAAUGAGAAUCACUUUGUCUUCAUCGGUGACACACGUCUCCGGAUGCUGUAUGAAGCCUUCAUCAAUCACCUCCAUCCGAGUGACGAUGACAACGGGAGUCUCGUGGAUUCACCGGCAAAUCUCGAAUUUUUGGACAUGAAACUGAAGCUUCGGGUUAACUAUAUUUAUGCCAAUGACGUUGCCCGUGGGAUGGUGGAGGAAUUCUCAACGUGGCGCAAGGAUGAAGAUCCUCCGUCAUUGAUUGUGGCCAGCUGUACGUAUGGGACCUUCCAGGCGGGCAAUACAACGGAGGAGAUUAUCAAGAGUUUUGCCCUAAAUAUGACGCAUCUUGUGCGACCAAUGGAGGAGGUAUUGGGGAAGAAAGUUCACGUGCUGUGGAAGCUACAGGAUCCCAUUGUGGAGGAUAAGGCGCCCAAGGAGUGGAAGGGUUUGACGAAUGAUGACAUUGAUGCAAUUAAUCGUGCCACACAGGGUGUCCUGAAGUACACAACAGUACCCCUUUGGGCAUCCUCACGGCUCAUUGCGCAGGGAUUGCUGGAUGAGGCUGUGGAUGGCGUCCACCUGGGCCCUCUGGCGCUGAGGCAUGAUGUUCAGAUUCUCCUCAAUAUGUACUGCAAUGACUACAUGAAUUUCAACGAUGGCACAUGCUGCAGUAGUGCUGAACCCUACACAAUCCUCCAGGUUGUCACGUAUGCCAUCCUCGGGGUGUGUGUUGCCCUCUCCGUGGCUAUGCUCCUCCGUCGAUGGAUGCAGCAGCUACGCGGUCAAACACUCUACACGCCCCUCAAUCAACCCGGUAAUGCUGACGCAACAUCACCCAUCUAUGCCCUGGCAACUCUUGCCUUCAUCAUGGGCUACUUCUACCUGUGCGAUCGCACGAAUUUCUUCAUGAAGGAAAACAAAUAUUACUCAGAGUUUAGCUUCUGGAUUCCCGUUGGGUAUGUGUUUGCCCUGGGACUCUUCUUCACGGAGGAUAGUCGCUUCACAAAGGUCCUCCAUCGUGAUGAAACGGAUGAGCUCAAGGGAUGGAUGCAGCUUGUUAUUCUUGUGUAUCACAUGACGGGCGCUGAACGAAUCCUUCCCAUUCAUAUGCACAUAAAAGUCCUCAUUAGUGGUUACCUCUUCCUCUCGGGCUACGGGCAUUUCACCUACAUGUGGCAAACAGGCAAUGCGGGCCUCGUGCGCUUCUUCCAGAUCCUCUUUCGCCUGAAUUUUGUCACAAUUCUCCUUUGCCUGUGCAUGAACCGUCCCUACCAGUUCUACUACUUUGUCCCAUUGAUCUCCUUCUGGUACUGCCUCAUCUACGUCGUACUGGCACUUCCGCCACACAUCACAGCAGCCACAGUUGACGCCAAUCCGUAUCAAUAUCUCUACUUGGCGGCUAAAUUUGUGAGCCUCCUCGCAGUUAGCACCAUCUUCUACAUGUCUGAGGUCUUUUUUGAGCGCAUCUUCGUCACGCGACCCUGGAAAGCACUCUUCGUGACCACAGACGAUGACAUCCAUGAAUGGUGGUACCGCUGGAAGCUCGAUAGGUACACAAUUACAUCCGGAAUGGUUUUCGCGGCAAUCUUUCAUGUUGCCCAGAAGUAUGCUGUGUUCGAUGACAACAACCAUGGGAAUCUCUUUUCACGCCGAAUCUCCCUAACAGCCACACUGGCGGCCGUGGGUGGUGUGGGUUUCUACACCACUUUCUCCUUCCUCUGUCGCAAUAAGCAGGAAUGCGAGGAAAUUCACUCAUACAUUGUCUUCAUCCCCAUCAUUGGGUACAUUGUCCUGCGGAAUAUUUCGGGGAUUUUGCGGACGAGAUAUUCGUCCUUUUUUGCGUGGUUCGGCAGGAUAUCGCUGGAGCUUUUUAUCUGUCAGUACCACAUUUGGUUGGCUGCUGAUCGACAUGGGGUGCUCGUCCUUCUUCCGGGUUUCCCCACACUCAAUGUCAUCAUUACGAGUUUCAUCUUCAUCUGUGCCUCCCACGAAGUGCAUCGCCUUACACUUGUCCUCCUUCCGUAUGCCGUGCCGAGUGAUUGGAAGUUGGCUGUGCGAAAUUUUGUAGCAUUCCUCAUUAUUCUCAUUCCCAUUGCACGAUACGAUGGGAUGUUUUAGAUAAGAUGAAGAAGAGCAGCAGCGAAGCAUUGAAAAGCCUGAAAGGUAAUAAUUUAUAUCAUAUUGACCCUUCAUCGACACCCAGAGACAAACUCUCUGCAGCCUCGAGGAAUCUUUCUUCACACAAUUUUUUUUAAUCUUCAUUAUUUUUUUCGUAAAUCUCUGUCACGGGGGCCUGCGCGCUGUUAUUCAACUCUUUAACGGCCCAAUUGCACAAUUUGAUGGUGAUUUUUUUUGUUAUUGUAGCUCGCAUAUCUAGUUUAAGUAUGAAGUAGAUUUUUUUGUGUGAAUGACCAAAGUAUUUUUUCACGAGGAAGUCACAAAAGAGUGCACUAAAAUAAAAUUUUAGAGAGUA